AUGUUUCAUAAAUCAACAACAUCACCUGAAGAAUAUUUUUCAAGACAUAAUCGAUCACGACCACAACAAGGAGCCUUCAGUGGUCAAGAUACUUCUACUAAACAGUUUUCUUUAAGUCAUUCAUAUUCGAUUACUGAUUAUGGUCGACAAAUCUUUAACAAUGCACAAACAAUUUCGCCAGAUGAAUUAGCACAUAUACUUAAUAAACUUGACCGUAUAAUAAAACAUUCUCAUGGUGAACAACAACUUGCAAAUUUCAAUGAUAUUAUUCUUGCACUUAUAUCUGUUCGUUCAUCAAUAUUAGUAUCAGUUGCUCAACAUAAAUUUUUUACUUUAUUACAAAAACCAUUUAGUGAAAUCAUUGAUCUAUGGUUUCAUGAAACUAAAUUAAAUGAGAAUCAAUCAUUAUUCUUUCGAAUUAUACCUAAAUUGUUAAAAAGAAUAUUUAAACAUACUCAUGGUGAUGAUUUCUAUCCAUCAUGGUUACUUGAUUCAUCAUUUCUUGAGAUUAUUGGUAGUUCUUUUACAAAUCUAUCAAAAUCGGAAAAAGAUUUUUUGGAAAAAAGUCAAAUUGAGUUAAAACAUUUUACACGUUUAUUUGAUAUUUAUAUUGAUUAUCAAGAAAGAUCGAAUGAAAAUAAUUUUUCUAAUAAACAUACAUUAAUUGAAUUAAUUGAUCCUAUUCUACAUUGUCUUUCUUCACAUCAUUAUAUUGAUUUAUUUGACAUAACAAAUAUAACCAAAAGAACAAUGGGAAAAGAAGAAAGAUUUUUUCUUUUAAAAUGUCCAUCAUUUCUUCUAUCUUAUAAUGGUCCUCGUAGUGAUCAAGUAAUAAAUAGUUUACUUUCAGCAAUGUUACCUCUAUAUAUUGAUAUAUUUAAUAAAAUAAUUCCUCAAAUAAAUGAAUGGACUAGUUCAACUUUUCAAGCUGUAAAUUAUCUAUUGAAAAUGGUCAAUCAUAAAUCAGCAAAUAUAGAAACUAUCAUUGAACAUCUAUCCUUUAUUGAUCAUAUAUUAACUUUAGUUAAUACACCAAAAUUGUACAAUAAUCUUGAAGAAACAUUAUCUAAUCCAGAGACAAGAUUGAUCGAUACAGCUGCUAGUUUUCUUGCUAAAAUAAUGGAUGAACCAACAAUUUUAAGCUAUGUCAAGCAAAAGAACGUGACAUCUUCAUUUCUUCGUUUAACAUCUGUUCGAUAUCAGCCAUUACAUGAUAAUAUUCAUCAGAUUCUUUCUCAAAUAACAAGUGAAAAGGAUAUAAAAUCAAUGGCUAAUCCAGGUAGUUUACUUUCAACAACUGUUCAAUCAUUAAAAACUGUAAUUAAUGAAAAUAGACAUGAUGAAACUCAUGUUGAACAAUUACUUGAUACACUCAAAGGUCUUGUUCAACAUGAUCAAAUGAAAGAAGAAGUACUCAAACAAGAUGCUCUUCCAUUUCUUCUGGAUUGUGCGAAUAACUUCUUUGGUGAAAAAUUAAAAUUACUAUUAGAAACUUUAUGGUCGUUGUCAUUUUUGAAAGACGCAGCACAUGAAAUUCGUGAUCGUCCUGAUGUUAUAGAAAAAAUUCAAACAAUAUCACAAACUACUGAGGAUGAAGCAGUGAAAAAAGCAUCUGAAGGACUUAAUUGGAAACUAGUAGAAGAACCAAAAUUUUUGAAAAAACUUGCAAAACAACAACAAGAAGAAAAUAGUAAGAGUCCUAAAGUAAUUGAAACAACAGAAGUCAUCGUUGGAGAGGAUGGAAAAAAACAAGUUAUAACUAAAACAAUACCAGCUAGUGAUGCACUACCCGAACGAAUAUUUGACUAUGAUAUGAUGAUUUCUUAUUGUCAUGCAGAUAAAGAUUUAGUAUAUAGAAUUCAUAAAUUUCUCAAAGAUCAAGGUUUUAAAAUAUGGAUUGAUCUUAAUAAUAUGUUUGGUCCAGCAAUGAAUGCUAUGGCUGAAGCUGUUGAAAAUUCUGAAUUUGUAAUUAUGUGUAUGUCUGAAUCAUAUAAAAAAAGUACAUAUUGUCAAGCUGAAGCUGAAUAUGCAUUUAAUUGUAAACGACGUCUAGUUCCAUUAAUUGUUAGACCAGGAUAUAGAGCAGAUGGUUGGUUAGGUUUUAUGAUUGGUUCACGAAUUUAUGUUGAUUAUGGUGGUUUUGAUUUUGAUAUAGCAUGUGAAAAAUUAAUGACUGAAAUUCAUCUACAAAAAAAAAAAGCACUUCCACCCAAACAAAUUGUACUUUCUCAUCAUGAAAAACCAAUGGAAACACCAUUAGUACAAACAAAAGUUGAAGUACCACCCGUAGUUUAUACAUUAUCAGAAAUAUAUACGAAAAGAACAAUUGCAUUACAUUUUAAAUCUCGUCCUAUUCAUGUUUGGACAGAAUCAGAUGUAGCCGAUUUUCUUUAUAAUCAACAUUUAAAUGAAUUUAUUCCUUUAUGUGAAAAAAUGGAUGGUCCUGCAUUAAUACAAUUAUAUAAAAUGUGUGAAUCACAACGUAAUGAAACAUAUGCUUUACUCAAUGGUGAAUUGAAAUCGAUACAACAUAUAAAAUUACCUCUUGGAGUUUAUACACGAUUUUUAAGUGUUAUGGAACAAGUAGUUACAUCUUUCCUAGCAUCACUUUCUUAUCCACCAAUUGUAAUAGAACCACCGAAUUCUCUUCCACAAAUUGAAGAAAUAACUUCAAUUAGGUCAUCUCACUCACGUAUGACUCCAUCCUAUGAUAUCUUAAUUACUUCAAAUGCUCCUCCAUUACAAAUAUUAGAAAUGGUUCAUAAUUGUGUUCUUCCAGUAAAACAAAGAUCUUAUAGAGAACAUCGACAUAAACGUAAACAUAAGAAAAAAUCUUUUUAG